GCUCCCCCGGCUCCUGCUCCUCCACCGGCUCCUAUUCCCCCGCCGGCUCCCCCGUCUCCUGCUCCUCCGCCGGCUCCUGCUCCCCCGCCGGCCGUCAACCCUCCGCCGGCUCCCCCGGCUCCUGCUCCUCCGCCGGCUGCCGACCUGCUGCCGGCUCCUAUUCCUCCGCCGGCUCCCCUGUCUCCUAUGCCUCCGCCGGCUCCCCCGGCUCCUACUCCUCCGCCGGCUCUUCCGCCGGCUCCGGACCCUCCACCGGCUCCCCCGGCUCCUGCUCCUCUGCCGGCUGCCGACCUGCCGCCGGCUCCUAUUCCUCCGCCGGCUCCCCCGUCUCCUAUUCCUCUGCCGGCUCCUAUUCCUCCGCCGGCUCCCCCGGCUCCUACUCCUCCGCCGGCUCUCCCGCCGGCUCCGGACCCUCCGCCGGCUCCCCCGGCUCCUGCUCCUCCACCGGCUCCUAUUCCCCCGCUGGCUCCCCCGUCUCCUAUUCCUCUGCCUGCUCCUAUUCCUCCGCCAGCUCCCCCGGCUCCUACUCCUCCGCCGGCUCUUCCGCCGGCUCCGGACCCUCCGCCGGCUCUUCCGCCGGCUCCGGACCCUCCGCCGGCUCCCCCGGCUCCUGCUCCUCCACCGGCUCCUAUUCCCCCGCCGGCUCCCCCGUCUCCUGCUCCUCCGCCGGCUCCUACUCCUCCGCCGGCUCUUCCGCCGGCUCCUGACCCUCCGCCGGUUUCCCCAUCUCCUGCUCCUCCGCCGGCUCUUCCGCCGGCUCCGGACCCUCCGCCGCCUCCCCCGGCUCCUGCUCCUCCGCCGGCUCCUAUUCCCCCGCCGGCUCCCCCGUCUCCUACUCCUCCGCCGGCUCUCCCGCCGGCUCCGGACCCUCCGCCGCCUCCCCCGGCUCCUGCUCCUCCGCCGGCUCCUAUUCCCCCGCCGGCUCCCCCGUCUCCUGCUCCUCCG